AUGAAGUUAACAAGCGAAGCAAAGACUCGAUUUGAAGCAGAGGAUUUAAUGGAUCGGGGCCGCGCUCUCAUCGAAGAGAGUGUCAAUUUUGGAGUCACACACAUGCGAGCCUUUGUCGAAGUCGAUCUUGGAGUCAAAUACAAGUGCCUAGAGGCUGGCUUGGCUCUCAAAGAAUUGUUCCGCGACCGUUGCUACAUUCAAAUCUGCGUUUUUGCUCAGGAUCCAAUCUUCAGCUACCCGGACAAGGGAAGAGCCAUGAUGAGACUACUCGACGGUGCUGCGAGUAUGCCUGGCGUUGAGGUAUUUGGCAGUACUCCCUACGUCGAAAAAGAUGGCAACCAGGAGAAACAGAUCAAGAAUAUGGAGUUUAGUAUAAAGACGGCCAAACGCUAUAAAUUGCACUUGGAUUUUCACAUCGACUACAAUUUGGAUCCAGCCAAGCAAAGUAUGGUCACGGAGGCUUUGAAACUCCUCCAUGCCAUGAAUUGGCCAUCAAACUGGAACAAUUUUGAAUAUCGAACCAUCAUCUUUGGUCAUUGUACUCGGCUCACCCUGUUUGAUAAUAGCGAGUGGUUGAACCUCUGCGAGAAAGUCCAAGGAUUGCCAGUUUCCUUCGUUGGCCUACCUACUUCAGAUCUGUUUAUGAUGGGCAGACCGAAAGAGGAAGAGGGAGGAGGUCACAGGGUUCGAGGCACACUCCAGGUUCUCCAGAUGAUUAAGAAGUAUGGGCUGAACGCUGCUAUGGGCAUUAACAAUGUUGGCAAUGCCUUCACACCCCAAGGCAGCUGUGACCCUCUCAGCUUGGCAAGCCUCGCUGUUGGUGUAUAUCAGGCUGGGACCAAGGCAGACGCAGAGCUGUUGCUACAUGUCAACGUGUUCGGACUCGGCAUGCUCGCCCAUGCUUUGAGUGCUCUCUUGGUAUUUUCAUUUGGCUUCAGACCAUUCGUUAACUUCUACGGCUGCACAUUUAUCCUCUACGAGCUCUCCUCCCCAUUCCUGAACUUCCACUGGUUCUUCGACAAACUCGACAUGACCGGCUCGAAACCUCAACUCUAUAAUGGACUUAUGCUGCUCUUUACUUUCUUCUGCUGUCGUCUUGUUUGGGGAACAUAUCAAUCUGUCCGUGUGUACCAAGACGUCUGGCGUGCGCUCCACCACAGACCCGCUGCUGCAACCAUCCAUUUUGAUGCGCUGAACAAUGCUACCUCCGCAGCACUCGAUGCAGCAACCGGAAAAAGUGCAGCGCCAAUACACGACGGGAUCAUGCAAUUUGCAGGCGAAGAGUUUGUCCCGCUGUGGCUCGCAUUUACAUACUUGGGCAGCAAUGUUGUGCUGAAUACAUUGAACUUCUACUGGUUUGGCAAGAUGAUAGAUGCGGUUCGAAAGAGAUUCCAACCGCCAAAAGAACAGAGAAGGAAAGAAAAGGCCAUUGCAGCCAAGACGACGGGCGCAGACGGCAAAGUCAGAAUCGGUGUGGACGAGACUGAGGUUCGCAGACGAAAGGUGGUAGAGGAAGAAGGCAUCUCCGCCAUUUCAUAA